AUGAAAUGGUUGAGCCUGGCAUACUCGAUUUCUGGACCGGAAGCCUCCCAGAUCAAUGAGCCUUCCAGAGACAAGACCUUAUCGCGGCCGUGGACAAUACCGGCCUUGCGAUCGUUGCAGACAUCGCAAGAUCAGAUGUGCUAUUCAGAGUGUGGCCCCUUGCGAUGCCUGCGUUCGGUCCAAACAGCCUUCGGGACUGUUCAGUGGGCACCAGGCAACGUGGCCGAGAAUGAGUUCUCUCCGACGGGGUUAGAUAUCCAGGCAUCUGGCAUAUUCGAAAUACCAAUCGAGAAUGAUCCCCUUACAAUCUCUGCCUGGGACACACCUGCAUUUCAAGCCUUGCUGGAUGAUGCGGGCGAGGAAAUCACGCAAGACGCUCAGGCUGAUUCUACUUCACCCGCGAGCCAUGAAGCUGCAGAGAACGUCAUAUCUCUAGUAAAUACGACGCAUGCACAAUCCACCACCGUUCUGGGACGCUCAUCUGAAUUCGAUCCAUUUUUGCGCAGAUUCUACAACUUCGAUCAACACGGCAGAUUCUCUUCGCACCUGCGGAGCUUUGAGAUGCCAGGUGAAGGCGCGGGUCCGCUCCUGAUGCUGACUCCUUUUCAGACGAUUAAGCGAAGUUCGAAAGACCUAUUCCCAGACCGCAGUCAGGCGAUUUUGUCCGAGUUGGAGCCCUAUCAUGACCGCCUGUUGGAGCUCUUCAAACGCUUCGUCGGUUCUGCAUAUCCAGCCAUCGACUUUGCCGCUGACUUUGUGAGAACACCUGCUCUGCUAGCCGUCGUUUACGCCCUGGCACUGCCAUGGAGAAGCAAUGACCCCAGCCUGCCAUGGGUUCGUUUUGGGAAAUCGGCCAAGAACACCGCCAUGAGCAAUCCGCCAGAUUUCGAGUCUCUGCUUCGUUUUGCGUGGGAAAGCAUUUGCGAAGAAGUGCAUGGCCCGACAAUGGCGACCCUCCAGGCAUGUCUGCUGUUCAUGGAACGAAAGCUUCCAAAUGCUUUCGUCAGUCAGACCAUCUUUGACUCGACUGUCGCCAACAUGGCGCUUACGGUCGCCCUAUCAUUGGGGUUGAAUCUGGAUAUGUGUCCUUUGAACCUUUCAAGCGAACAGAAUCGAUCUCGCAAGAUGCUUUGGUGGCUAACUCAUAUGCAGAACGUCUGGACUGCUGCCAUCAAUGGCCAGCAUUGUCUUGUCACAAACGUCCGCAAUGAUGUUGAGAUCCUGCAAGACGGCGAUGCAGAAGGGCAAGAAUCCAGUGAUAGCUGGCUGCGCAUGGCUCGCUUCUGUGAGCUUACGUGUAUUCUUGAGAAGAUAUUGGUCUUGAUAAAUGGGAGGCUCUCAGACGAGCAAAUUCCGCGAGUGAACGAACUUCCGACUCAACUUGACGCCUGGAUGGCAAGAGUUGACAAAAUGAGCACUAAUGCCUUUGCCAAUACCGCCGAGCUGCGCGUUGCAUGUGCCUACUGCCGAAUUCUAAUGUCACGCUUCAUGCUCGAAGAAGCGCUGCAUAAGGCGGAAUUCGACCCAAUAUAUCAGCAUGGUCUCGACAUCAUCUCGGCCGGGAUCCUCGCGGAAGUUGAGCGUAUCACGCUUACCGAGAGCGAGUCUUUCUGGUUUCGAUGGUCACGAUCGUACUUCAGCACAGCGGCGGACUACUUCAUCCUUCUACAAGUUCUCGCACCAGAGCAGACAACACAAAAACGGGCAGCCGCAGCAGGUGAUCAAUAUCGACAGUGGCUUUGGCUGCACAGCAAAUCACAUGAGCUGACAAGGAUGGGACUCGCAAGAUAUGAUACUUUGAUGAGUGCGUUCGAGAACGGUCAAUUGAGGAAGAUGUGGACUUAA